AUGGACCCAGGGGUGUACCUACAAGACCUGGCCUGCCCGCACAAGGGUUUGGACACAAAGACCGUGCUAGACUGGCUGCUCGGAAUGGCAGUGCACCUUGAGUACUCGGAUGACCCGGACAAGUACGUGGAGGCCAGCAAAAAGGCAGAGCAGGACACGGGCGCCCCCAAGAUGGUGCACGCAAACCCGCUGGACGACUUGGACUUUAACUGCCAAGAGUUCCGACAGGGCGUGCUGGCACUGGCGCAGUACCUUGGGGUCACCCAGCAUCUGUAUCACCUUGUGACACUGCAGGGCGUUUGUGCAUUGAUCCAGGAGCGGCUCUCUGCUACCAGCCAGGAGGCGAUGAAGCAGCGCAGUUCGCAGGGCAAGCCUUAUCCAUUGAAAGAGAGCAGCCUAGGCUUCGACACUGGAGACCCUGUGCUGAACCAAGCGUCCAAGGUGCUACGGCUGCUCUAUGCACAGGACCUGCGUGACCUGCAGACUCGCAUAAACGAAGCCAUCGUGGCCGUGCAGGCCAUCACGGCAAACCCAAAGACCGACACCCAGCUGGGAAAAGUGGGCCGCUAGACGCAUCCACCACCACCGCCAUACUCCAGUGCCUGCUCUCUCUCUCCAAUGGACACAUCUGUGUG